AUGACUACGGAGGCGAUCACCUUCAAUCAUAUUCUUGGACAGGGACGUGUUAACCAGCUCGGUGGAGUCUUCAUCAAUGGUCGCCCGUUGCCACAAGCUGUUCGGGUUCAGAUCAUCGAAAUGGCGUCAAAAGGAGUAAAGCCGUGCCACAUCAGUCGUCAACUUCGAGUGUCCCAUGGAGCCGUUUCCAAGAUUCUCAAUCGAUAUGCGGAAACGGGAUCAAUAUCACCUGGACAGAUUGGCGGCAAUCCUCGUACAAAGAUCUCGUUGCAGUCGAUUGAGAAGCAGCUGAUGGUCACCUACGAGGAGAAUCCGAAUCUUUGCGCGGCUGAGCUACGACAGCUGCUCAUUGAACAAGAAGUGUGCUCGAGAGCCACGGCACCCACAGUCGCCUCGAUCAACCGAUUCAUCCGGGGGAAAGGUUGGCAUCGGGAGAAAAAGCCGGAGAAGAAGCGACUCAGCCACAGUAUCGACAGUAUUCUCGGCAUUUCAAUGGAUUCUGACAGCAAAUGCUCCUCAUCGGACGACGACUCACUCUCACCGUCAGAAUCACGUCGAAAUCGUACCUCGUUUACUGCUGAACAGCUGGAGACGUUGGAGAACGCGUUCAAGACGAACACAUAUCCGGAUGCCGUCGAACGCGAGCAGAUUGCCAGACAGACCGGUCUUACUGAGGAGAAGAUCAUGACGUGGUUCUCGAAUCGUCGAGCUCGCUGCAGAAAGCACCUCCCGAUGUAUCCGAGCAUUUUUCCUGCCAUCAUGCCGUCAACCCAGGCUACGCAACCGCUCUUCCCGAUGCCACCGUCGUUACCACUCUUCAUGUCUGCGGCUCCCUUGCUUUUUCCCACGUUUCCAUCGGCCGAAAUGUCAUAG